CCUAUGUAAGCAUACACAGGUUUAGUAGUUUUCCAUGAAAGCUGUAUAUGUUGCAUCACCAUAGGCAUAGAGGGUAAAAAAAAUUUGUUUACUGUGGUAUAAAAAAGAGCAUAAUAAAUAAAGGAGGAAUUUUUGAAUGUACUUUACAGUGCAGCAGGUAUUUGUCACAGUUACCGACUAAGAAGUGAUUGACAUUAUGACAAGAUGUUGACAGGGUCUUUUUGUGGGGGAGGGGAGGGAAUGAACAGGACUUUAAAUACAUCAAAGUAGGCGGAGUAUGGGGUGAUUUGAACAAGAAGCUAACAGUACUGUACCCCAUGAUCUUUGUGUGCUUUAUUACAUAAUGCUUAGGGCUAAAAGACAGUCAUGUUGGCAUCUAAUGCGGUGUCAGAAUUGUUUCUUGUCCAGAACUGUCUUCAGUAUUGGCGUGCACAUCUUAUCUGAAUAUAGCUGUUCAUUUGCAUUAUUUUGGCAAUUUCUUAUAGACUUCAAUGUUGUUAUUAUUAUGAAACAGUGUGUAGUGUUUAUCAUUGUAAAUUGUCAACAGCAGCAAACAGUACAAGUCACAUGCUUUUGCAUGUAAUACUUAAGUCAGUGGGAAAAAACCGAAAAAAAUUGUGGUAGUAGUUUGCAUGCCUUUGUGAACUCACCGUGUGCCUGCAGCACCUGUACAGAUCUGCACACCUGUAUCAGAUAUUGAUCACAGGUGAACUAUCGCUUGUCACUGGAUUGCUCUAGUUUCUUACGAUUCGCCGAAUAGCGAAUAAAGGCAUUCAAGUGACAAUCAAAAGGAAAGUAGUCACAAUUAUUCCGUUUAACACACUGUAGAAUGGACGAGAAUAGCCACGUAUAAUAAAAUGUGGAGGGAAAUAUUGAGCGUGCCAGCGACUGGUACCAUUUUAGAUUACUUCGCGGAAUUUUUUUUUUUUUUUUUUUUUUGGGGGGGGGCAACAGAAGCAUCUGUGAGGGAAUCUAGUCAUGUGGAACAGCAAAGCUAGGUUUAUGGAUUGCUUGUACAUGUUACCGGUGGCACUGGGCUAUGUCAACAAAAGCUUUAAAGAGGUUUCUUUCUUACGACACCACGUAUCUCCAACAGAAUGUCAGCGUUUAACGACCCCUCUAAACUGUCCCGUCAUACCUUUCUCCCUUCCCAAAAGCCCCAUCAUAUUUCUGAGCUGGGUUUUACCUGCAGGGCAGGGCUUGUGUGGGCUGGGUUGGAGACCUCCACUGCACUAGCACGAAAACAGGUAAAGAGGAUUGUGAAAUCAUUAAAUGAUCUAACACGGCUUUUCAUGAAAGUGACAAUGAAAUUUUAUAUAUGUAUAGGUGUGUAUAACAAAUUGUGUCCAUAUUAUAUGCAGUACUGUUCUUUAUAUUAAUAUGUUCAUUUAUGUUCGGUUUAUUCUUUUGUAGAGUUUGUAGGUGUGUCGCAAAUGCUGGCAAGAGAUACUUUUUCAUGCUUUUGGGUGUUAUGAUUCUAAGCUUUUAAUGGAGUGUUUAAACAGAAAAAAACAAACACACACAGACGCAUAUGUAACACACGUAUGUAUAUAUAUACUGUGCCUGUCUAUAUCGAGUUCUUUUCAUUUCAGGACUAACGCACAAAGGCAUUAUAGUACACAAACAUGGAAGCCUCGUCUUCAGCGGCUGAGAAACAUAAUAUAUACUGCACAGUGUGCACAGAGGUCUUCAGGUCACCGAGAUUUCUCCCUUGUCAUCAUUCUUUCUGUCUGUCUUGUCUGGAGAAGCUGGCAAAUAAACAUGGAAACGUUAUCACUUGUCCCAACUGUAGAAAACCUGCUAAUCUACCUCCUGGUGGAGUGAAAAAUCUACAACGCAACUUUUACCUCUCGGAGGAGGAGUUGGAGUUUGCGCGCAGUGCCGGAAGUGACGCAAUGUGUCCUGUCCACCCCGAACUGGGCGUUACCUUACACUGUAGCCAGUGCGACCUAAACCUCUGCAGCAUGUGCAAAACAGCGUACCAUGAAGGGCACGUUGUGGAAGAGCUUUCCCAGCUGGCCACUCGCAGUAAGGAAGCCAUAGGGAGAGAGCUUCGGCGUCUGGAGGACUACAUCAGAAGCCUGACAGAGAAGACACAAAUGUUUCAAGGCAACGAGAAGAGGGCCCGACAGGCGAGAGCUAAAGUACACGAGCAGAUCGAAGCCCGCCACGAGGAGGUAGUGACCAUGGCAGGUAAACAUCGCGACCAGGCGCUGAAAGAACUGCAGGAAAUGUCUGACGGUCUGGAGAAAGAUUUAGGUACCGUUACCAAGCGAGUACAAGAAGAGCUGAACUCUCUGCAACAGCUCCAAGCCCGCGCUCAACGGGCGCUGAGUUCUUCGGCCUGUAACACGGAGGUCCUGCAGGUGGAGAGAGAGAUGACACGGGGUGGACGCAUCAAGCGGGUGAGAGACCUUGAAGCUGGGCUGCCUGACACGAGUUACUGCCCUGUACUCAGCAGCAAUGUCAAUGACCCUCAGGAAAACAUCAAGAGAUUCAUCGGGUCACCAGUCAGACAGAAGGUCGUCAACGUUAGCCGCAUCGGUCGGUGUGGUGAUGGAGAAUGUCACGAAGUGCACGCUGUGCGGGAGAAGGAGAACGGCAUAGUCGAGGUGUUUUAUGGGGUAAGUGGAGACGACUUCUCCAAGGAGAAGGGAGUUUGGUUUUUGCCCAACGGCUCUAAAGGUCAGGAAACUGAAUACAAAAGGCGUGUAUCAUGUGUUGGACAUAAGAGUCACAUAUACAGAUGGACAGACUCAUCGGCAAGAACGUUUGGGUCCAAGGGUGACCGGAUGUUUAGAAUAUACCAGUUUCCAGCUGGUCACUGUGUUAUACAGUCUAUGGAGCUGAGACAGGAAAGAGGAACGGAGAAGUGCUGCGCUAGGGAAACUUUGAUGCGCCCGAAAGUACGUAGGAUACACAACUUUGAUUCAAAUACUGGUGCCAUUGUUAGGCCGACAGCUUUGAACCUUGACCGCAACAGAUAUUUGCUUAUUGGAUGUGGUGAUGGCUCUGUCUUAAGAUGUCUUGUCAAAGUCUUUGACAUGUAGUAAGGUGAGACAACCUCAGGGUCUGACCCGAAAUUAAAGAAGGUCUUCUUGGACAUAUUUUGUCAGUCAUCCCAUGUACGACAUGUACAAGAGCUUGUUUGACACGAGCUGCAGAUGAGUUUUUGCGUAACAUGUACAAUGCUACAUGAAAAUACUUGGGCAGCUCUAAUUUAAAAAUAGCUACUUUUUGUGGUAGGUAGGCCAAUUAUAUCACUUUUAUUCUUUUGAAGGAUGUUUGAAGCGGCAUUGCAGUUAGGCGAAGAACAUAACUUGGAAUUUUUUCAGCUGGGAUAAUGCAGUGCAAUAUUGUAUUUAUUAUCUAAAAGAAACAUUGACAUUAGAACUUAAUUUAUGUUGACAUUUUGUAAUUAUUUGGAUCUUACAGAAGUGCAGUUACUAAUAGUUUCUAUUUUCAAAGGAACGUUCUUGAUAUGUGACAAGUGGUAUGUAUAUGAACGAAUUAAUUUUUUUAGUUACUUAACUAUUUAUUUAUAAAGGCUUUCAAGAAUGAUAUUGUAAUGAAUGGGUUAAAUAUUGUACGCGAGUGCCCCAGAUCAAUAACCCCCUGAAUUCUAAAGAUACAGGAUUACAAAACAUGCACAAAAGAGGUUAGAAGUAAUCUCAAAUUAACUCAACAAAACUCAGAAUUUAGGGGAGAACGUCAUCCCUUUACAUUUUCAAUGCACAUGUAAUGAAGAAGGUAGGAUAACUGUCCGUCAUACAUCAUGUUCAUAGGUCAUUGUGGCAUAAUUUUCAUGAACAUUUGUGAUUUCAUAUAAACAUUCGCUACCUCA